AUGCAUAUUUGUAGAGUGCCUGGCUCUGAAGAGGUGCUUUUAAAAAAAAGUUGCCUUGUGGUGAUAGGAAACAGAUUUGUGAGGUCAGUGGAGAGGGCCUGGGGAGAGGAGGCAGAGGAACGGACUCUGAGAAGUAGAGACAAAAGUGUCCGGUGCAGGGUCUCCUCCUGGCCCUCCCAGGCUCCCCUAACUGCCUCUCUCUGCCUCUCCUCGCUGGCCGUACUCAGGGUGGACUCCAUUAUGCUGGUGGAAGAGGGCUUCAGUGUGACGAGUGUGGAUGCCAGUGACAAGAUGCUGAAGUAUGCACUUAAGGAGCGCUGGAACCGGCGGCACGAGCCCGCCUUCGACAAGUGGGUCAUCGAAGAAGCCAACUGGAUGACUCUGGACAAAGAUGUGCCCCAGUCAGCAGAGGGUGGCUUUGAUGCUGUCAUCUGCCUUGGAAACAGUUUCGCUCACUUGCCAGACUGCAAAGGGGACCAGAGUGAGCACCGGCUGGCGCUGAAAAACAUUGCGAGCAUGGUGCGGGCAGGGGGCCUACUGGUCAUUGAUCAUCGCAACUACGACCACAUCCUCAGCACAGGCUGUGCACCCCCAGGGAAGAACAUCUACUAUAAGAGUGACUUGACCAAGGACGUCACAACAUCAGUGCUGAUAGUGAACAACAAGGCCCACAUGGUGACCCUGGACUAUACGGUGCAGGUGCCGGGGGCUGGCCAGGAUGGCUCUCCUGGCUUGAGUAAGUUCCGGCUCUCCUACUACCCACACUGUCUGGCAUCCUUCACGGAGCUGCUCCAAGCAGCCUUUGGGGGUAAGUGCCAGCACAGCGUCCUGGGCGACUUCAAGCCUUACAAGCCAGGCCAAACCUACAUUCCCUGCUACUUCAUCCACGUGCUCAAGAGGACAGACUGAGUGUGGCCUCAGCUCCCACAAGCCUCUGCCCAGGCACUGCUAGGCUCUGUCUGGAAGAUGGGGACCAGCAGCCACACCAGGGCCAGCCUCUAGAGCAGACUACAGCUGGGGUGCAGGGAUGUGGGUUCCACAGACGGAAGGGUAAACAAUAUAGUCUUUUUCAGUUC